AUGGCGGCCAGGAGGGAAUUUUAUGUGGACUUUGAGGUGAAGUUUGGAAAGACGGUCGUCUCGCUUGAGAUGCCGGCCUCCGCCACUGUGCACGAUCUGAAACACAGACUGGAAGAGAAGACCCACGUGCACCUUGACAAGCAGCGACUGUUGCUCAACCUGCCUGUUCUAAAGGCGAAGCACCGAGACCCGCCGCACGAUACGGUGGUUCGCCUUCUCUUUCCGACGGAUCUGGUCAACCGCUGCGAGCAGCACGACGGCCCUGUGGCACAGCACGUGAAGGUGAGCGCCAUGUUGCUCGGCAGUGCCGAGACGGCCCCGGCAGUGAACGUGGCGGCGACAUCCGAGAUCUCGCGCUUGGUCGCCACGACGGUGGAGCACGACGGCAAGUGGUACCGGUGCUCCUACGCACGGGGUUAUCUGCGGCAGACGGCGUACGUCUGUCGCACAUGCAUCGACGAGGGAAGGGCUGACCCACAGCACGCGCUCUGCCUCGCCUGCGCCGAAUUCUGCCACGGAAAUCACGAGGUCGAAGAGUGGGGCGUGCGGUACUACAUGCGAUGCGACUGCUGCACGCAGAAGUGCUGGCGGCCUCCUGCGGAUCCGGAGGCGGCGGCGGAGGCCGUAGCAGAGCGUCGAGCGGGGCUCUAUUCCUCGCCGUCUCUGGCGUCCGCCACGGCCUCCGGGUCCGAAGUGCGUGCCGUGCAAAUACGCGACAUUGAAGAGCGCACCACGCGCAAGCGCGCGCGUUCAACAUCACCGCUGACACCGAAGCGCUCACGCGGCAGCUCGCCCGUGAGUGGCAUUCGCAUGGCCACGAUUCCGCCGGCAGACAUGCCGGAAAUCAUCCUGCACCACUGCACCGCCGCCAGUGCUGCGGGGGCGCCGUUGGUGAGCGCCUCCACGUCAUCGCAAGACGCUAGCAGGGCCCUCCCUUCAUCGUCCGCGUUCUCCCCAGGACCAUCGCCGCCCUUGGCCGCGGCCGACGAGGCGGAUGCCUCGACGAGUGCCUCAAACGGCCGGGCGUUUGCCGGCAAGCGUGCCUCUGACGGCAGCGACGAGGUCGGCGACAUCCACGGCAACGACGGCGAAGGGAAGCACGGUGACGCGUUCCCGCCACCAUUGCCGGAGCUGAGCCGCUGCGCCUUCGUUGUGGACAGCAAGACGAAGAAGGCGCCAGUGGAGUCGGUUCUGCCAACGAAUCGGCACAACCGCUACCCACGCGACCCGUCCGACUGGUGCUAUUGCAAAAACGCCUACCCCAGUGACGACCCCGAGUGCGGCGGUAUUGCCUGCAUGCUCUGCUGCAGCUGCUACUGGAGUACCCACAUCACGAGGCUGCACACAUACCAGUACCGGCGCAUGCCGUGCUACGGCGAUGUGCUGCUCGGCGACACAGUUGUCUUCAAGUGCAAGACAUGCAACACACACGUGUGUGUGCCGUGCCGAUACCGCUGCCACAAGGACCACGACGUUGAGGAGGCGUUGGUGACACCGUCGAAGGACGAUGGCACCGACAACGGCGGGCCGGAGGGGGUAAGGUUUAGCUGCGGCUGCCGGGGGCUCUGCGCCAUUGCGGAAGAGGUUCCGGCCGAGAUGAUCGACGAUGAAAGCACAUUCGACCCGAUCCCAGACUCCGUGGCAAUGGAGCUUAUGAAUGACGAUGUCUUUACCGGAUUUGUGUGUGCCUACUGCAUGCAGGAGCACCCAUGGAUGGCGACGGAAGACCCACUGAGGUGCUACCACGGCCAGCUGCCGCCGACAGCGUCCGCGAAGAAAGCUGUGCUUGCCUGCGGCACCAAGUCUGCAGCGCCCCACUCGGCAGACAUGGCGGACUCCGACGUGUUCCCGUACCACGGGAUGCUGUUGCCGGUAAACGCCUUCACGGACGGCAUGACGUGCUCCUGUAAGCCGUGCCGCUCUGCGUUUGACCAGUUCGCGCCGCGCGCGACGGAGAACGCGACGGAGAUGAUCAUGGAGCUGCACGACCACUGCGACCACUGCGGGAAAUCUGUCAAGGACCAGCAGGCCUUCAUGUGCCGCACAUGCGAGAUGAACCUCGACAACACCUUCUUCAUCUGCAAGGAUUGCAACGCGAUGCGGGAGUUGCUGCUGCAGAACAUCAAUCGCGUGCGGGCCUCGGCCGGCCCGCAAAACGGUGAGUCACCGCCACAGUCGGACGAGACGGCACAGGGGGAGAUGGGAGGGGUGACGGCAGAAGGCUCUGAAUUUGACGCAGCGAUCAACAGCGCGGACGAGGAGGCCCAGCCCGAGGCUGGCGGGUACGACCACGAUCUCUCACACGAGUUCAUCGAGGACACCUUCGAAAACUUGUACGCGCUUUGCGGAAUGCAGAUUCUGCAGAACAUGGACCCCGAGAUGCAGGAGUACGUUGCUUCUAACUGGGAUCCGAUAGUGAGUCAGGGGGAGGUAGCGAACACCUUGUCGCAGUCGCUCGGGCAGAUUCCGCUGCAGUUUGAUGAGGAUGAGCUUCGAGAGAUGGCCGUGCUGAACCAAAAGCCCAACGAAGCACAGGGGCGCAAGUGA